AGGAUAUGAGGUUACUUACUACUACCAUACUUAAGAAACGGAAGGCUCGGUUCUUGAAAAGAUCUUAAUUAUAGUUGUCUUGGAAUUAUAAUGAGUAGUAGUUCAAAAAUGACCAAAAAAAAGGGCAUGAAAUUAAAGCGCCCUGAUAAAUCGCGUUUCGUACAGCAAAGUCUUCCUGCCUGGCAGUUCAUUUUUACACCGUGGUCUGUGCUUCCUUUACUGUUUGUUUUGGGCGUCAUUUUUGCUCCUUUGGGUGGAGCAAUGUAUGUGGCUAGUCAACGGGUAAAAGAAGUAAGACUCGAUUAUACGCAUUGUCUGGAUACCGAUAAUACUUUCACAGACAUGCCGGCAACGAAUAUUGUUUAUCAAAUGAGCCAAAAUAAUAACGUAUCUGCUAAGUGGAGGUCAGAAAAUGAUCAUUGUUAUUUACGAUUUCAAAUCCCAGAAAAGCUGGGUGCUCCUUUAUUCUCAUUCUACCGCUUAACAAAUUUCUAUCAAAAUCAUCGUCGAUAUACCGCGAGCGUUGACGUUUUUCAGCUCCGUGGUGAACCAAGGUCCCCGGAAGAAAUUAAAGUCGGUGAAUGUAGUCCAUUAGACGUAAAUGAGCAUAACAAACCAUAUUAUCCUUGCGGGUUAAUAGCCAAUUCGUUAUUUAACGACACUUUUUCUUCACUUGUUCGCUAUGAUUCAUGGGAUAGCACGGAAUCAUUGGAUGAAUACCAAAUGACUUCGAACGGAACGGCUUGGCCAGAGGAUAAAGAACGUUAUAUUAAGACCAGCUACAAUGCAUCCGACGUUGUUCCGCCUCCAAAUUGGUCCAAGAUGUAUCCAAACGGAUACACUGAUGAUAAUUUACCUGAUAUUUCCAACUGGGACGAAUUGCAAGUAUGGAUGAGAAUAGCAGCUCUUCCAACGUUUAGUAAGCUUGCAAAGAAAAAUGCUACGGCUGAAUUGAACCCUGGUAUUUAUGAAGUUGAUAUAGCUUAUAACUUCCCUGUUAUCGAGUAUAAUGGCACCAAGACUUUUAUGCUUUCUACAACUACCGCUAUAGGUGGUAAGAACUACUUUUUAGGGAUCAUGUAUAUGGUGAUUGGUGGUAUAAACAUCGCUAGUGGUAUUAUCCUCAGUGUUGCAUGCAUGAUUAAACGACGACGCGUGGGAGAUCCGCGAUAUUUAUCUUGGAACAAGGAGAAGACUAUAUGAUGAUUCUAAAGAGUUUCUAUAUAUAUAUAUAUAUAUAACCUUUAUUAUUCAUCAUGCAUUUUAGUGAUUCCUUCGGGAUUAUGUUAUGUUCAGGUAAUGUCGUCUUAUUGAAAUUGGUUUGCAUCUUCAUUUUCUUUCUUUCUUUGUAAAAUAGAGUUUUCCUAUUUGUCUUUCUUGGUCUUAAGGCCUUUGUAAAACUAUACAAUAUACAUAAAUAUACAAUCAUAUAUGUAUAAAAAUUAAUGAAAUUUUGU